CGCUUCAGUAGCGAGAGGGGCUGAGAAAGUGGUGACACCGCCGGGGUGCGGAGGGAGUCCCUGAAACUUCUCCCAACAGCCCCAGGGCCAAUCUCCCCUCAGCCCACUCCCCUCGUCGCCAGCUCCCAGGUCCCCACUCCCUGCACCGGGGGUGGGGUAGGGAGCCAGGCCCGUCUCCCGCUGGGACACACACAGGGGCCGGGAGUGGGGACGGGACCCCCGAGGCGGGGGGGACGCACCGACAGACAGACGGCCGGGCGCCCGCCCCUGCGGGCAGGCAGGCAGGAGGAGGCGGAGGCGGGGGUACGAAGGGGAGGACUGGGUCUGGGGAGUUUCCUCUCAACUAUCGGGGGAGAAACUCCCCGCAGCCGGAGGAAAGACCCAGACGGUGUUUUCCUCCCGGGGGCCGCGCUCCCCCGCCCCGCGUAGCGGCGGUCGCCGCCGCCGCCACCGGCGCCUCCACCUCUAUCAUCUCUUUCUCCACCACCUCGGGCCCCGGUGUCCCCGGCCAGCACUAUGCCCAUCUUACUGUUCCUGAUAGACACGUCUGCCUCUAUGAACCAGCGCAGCCAUCUGGGCACCACCUACCUGGACACGGCCAAAGGCGCGGUAGAGACCUUCAUGAAGCUCCGUGCCCGGGACCCUGCCAGCAGAGGAGACAGGUAUAUGCUGGUCACUUUCGAAGAGCCGCCCUAUGCUAUCAAGGCCGGAUGGAAAGAAAACCAUGCAACGUUUAUGAAUGAACUGAAAAACCUUCAGGCUGAAGGACUUACGACUCUUGGCCAAUCCCUAAGGACAGCUUUUGAUUUAUUAAAUUUAAAUAGAUUAGUAACUGGCAUAGACAACUAUGGGCAGGGAAGAAACCCUUUUUUUUUGGAGCCAGCAAUAAUUAUUACAAUUACUGAUGGGAGCAAGUUGACUACUACCAGUGGAGUCCAGGAUGAGCUCCAUUUACCUCUUAAUUCUCCUUUGCCUGGAAGUGAAUUGACCAAGGAACCUUUUCGUUGGGAUCAGAGACUCUUUGCAUUAGUGUUGCGGUUGCCUGGCACGAUGUCAGUAGAAUCAGAACAGUUGACAGGUGUCCCUUUAGAUGACUCUGCAAUCACACCAAUGUGUGAAGUGACAGGCGGCCGCUCAUACUCUGUAUGUUCUCCAAGGAUGCUUAAUCAGUGUCUGGAGUCCUUGGUGCAGAAAGUACAAAGUGGGGUAGUAAUAAACUUUGAAAAAGCAGGACCAGAUCCUUCCCCUGUAGAAGAUGGGCAACCAGAUAUAUCAAGGCCUUUUGGAUCCCAGCCUUGGCAUAGUUGUCACAAACUCAUAUAUGUCAGACCAAAUCCUAAAACUGGGGUUCCUAUAGGUCAUUGGCCUGUUCCAGAAUCUUUUUGGCCAGAUCAGAAUUCUCCAACACUACCACCUCGUACAUCUCAUCCUGUAGUGAAGUUUUCCUGUACAGACUGUGAACCAAUGGUUAUUGACAAAUUGCCUUUUGACAAAUAUGAAUUGGAACCUUCACCGCUGACUCAGUUUAUCCUGGAAAGAAAAUCUCCUCAAACGUGUUGGCAGGUAUAUGUGAGCAAUAGCGCAAAAUACAGUGAACUUGGCCAUCCCUUUGGUUACUUGAAAGCCAGUACAGCACUGAACUGUGUCAACUUAUUUGUGAUGCCUUAUAAUUACCCAGUCCUCCUUCCCCUUUUAGAUGACUUGUUUAAAGUACAUAAAGCAAAACCGACAUUGAAAUGGAGACAGUCAUUUGAAAGUUAUUUGAAGACAAUGCCUCCCUACUAUCUUGGGCCUUUGAAGAAAGCUGUUAGAAUGAUGGGAGCACCUAACCUAAUAGCAGACAGUAUGGAAUAUGGACUUAGUUACAGUGUCAUUUCAUACCUCAAAAAACUGAGUCAGCAGGCCAAAAUAGAAUCUGAUCGAGUCAUCGGUUCUGUAGGCAAAAAAGUAGUACAGGAAACUGGAAUUAAAGUCCGAAGCCGAUCACAUGGUUUAUCAAUGGCUUAUAGGAAAGAUUUUCAACAGCUGCUCCAGGGAAUUUCAGAGGAUGUUCCUCACAGACUGCUAGACCUUAAUAUGAAAGAAUACACUGGGUUCCAAGUUGCUUUGCUUAAUAAGGAUUUGAAGCCACAGACAUUUAGGAAUGCAUAUGACAUACCAAGACGGAAUCUUCUGGAUCACUUAACAAGAAUGAGAUCUAAUCUUUUGAAGAGCACCCGUAGAUUUCUUAAAGGACAGGAUGAAGAUCAAGUGCACAGUGUUCCUAUAGCACAAAUGGGGAAUUACCAGGAAUACCUCAAGCAAGUACCUUCUCCACUAAGAGAACUUGAUCCUGAUCAGCCUCGAAGGUUGCAUACAUUUGGCAACCCCUUUAAGCUGGAUAAAAAGGGAAUGAUGAUAGAUGAGGCAGAUGAAUUUGUGGCUGGACCUCAAAAUAAACAUAAACGACCUGGAGAACCAAAUAUGCAAGGCAUCCCUAAAAGACGCCGCUGUAUGUCUCCACUACUAAGAGGCAGACAGCAGAAUCCCGUUGUGAACAAUCAUAUUGGAGGAAAAGGGCCACCUGUACCUAUGACUCAAGCACAGCCAGAUCUUAUUAAACCCCUUCCUCUUCAUAAAGUUUCAGAAGCCACUAAUGAUUCGACAAUAGAUGAUGUAGUUGAAAAUCAUGUUGCAGACCAACUUUCUUCAGAUAUCACACCAAAUGCAAUGGAUACUGAAUUUUCAACGUCUUCUCCAGCCAAUUUAUUGGAACGACCAGCCAAUCACACAGAGGGUCUUGGUCAUGACCAUUUAGGAACUAAUGACCUCACUGUUGGUGGAUUUUUAGAAAAUCAUGAGGAGCCAAGAGAUAAAGAACAGUGUCCUGAAGAGAAUAUACCAGCAUCCUCACUCAACAAAGGAAAGAAACUGAUGCAUUGCAGAAGCCAUGAAGAGGUCAACACUGAACUAAAAGCACAAAUAAUGAAAGAGAUCCGAAAGCCAGGAAGAAAAUAUGAAAGAAUCUUCACUUUACUGAAGCAUGUGCAAGGCAGUUUACAAACAAGACUAAUAUUUUUACAAAAUGUCAUUAAAGAAGCAUCAAGGUUUAAAAAACGAAUGCUAAUAGAACAACUGGAGAACUUCUUGGAUGAAAUUCAUCGAAGAGCCAAUCAGAUCAACCAUAUUAACAGCAAUUAAAAGAAAACAGAAUGUGGCCACUUAUUUCACUACCUUCUCCAAAUACAAAGUAAAUACAAGACUGUUGUGAUCUUGCAUUCAUUUUUUGACAUGCAUUGUUGGCUUUUUGAAAUACUAAGAGCAAGUCUACAGAUCCUUUUUCCAUCAUUUUACAGUGACCUUUUCUUCAUUUUGGUUUAUUUUUGUAAUGUGAAAAGUAUCACUCUAAAAAACAUUUUUAUUUAACAAACUAAAAAUACUCCUCCAAAUCUCUUGCUUGUCAUUGACUCUUGCGUGUCAAUUUCCCUCAGGUUCUAUUUUCUUAAACCAACCUUUAAAACUGUCACCUCUGUUAAGGUUGAACUUUGCCAAAAAAAUAAAAAAGAAGUUACUUUGUAAUUUUUGGGGAAAAAGCACAUACAUUAAAACUAGGCAAUGUUUUGUAUAUACAGUUAUUUUGGAUAUAUUAUUGUAAGUUGUACAAAUGUAUUUUGAAGAAUAUUUAAGAAAAGCACUUUUGUUAUUCCAUCAAUAAAUGCUCUAUUUUA